UGGCCCGUCAUGUCCACAUGAGACUCUUCCGGGAGGCGCAGUAUCGCCCUCUCCGGUUGGCCCGAGGAAACGCGCCGACGAAUCGUCAGCGAGGUUGCUAAGACUUGCAAAUGAAUGUUUGGUACUUCGGUUUGAAAAGAUGUCGCUCAAACAGGGCAUCGGCAAUGUGGAGUACAUGAAAAAGAGAAUACCGAGAAACGCAAAGUAUCAACACGUCAGAACCCGACUGGACACAGGAUGCAGCCUUACGAAGUAUAUGGAGAGACUGGAGGACAUUAAAAAAAAUUACAGGUAUCGUGCAGAUGAAAUAUUCAAGAGAUUAAAGGUUACAACAUUUGCACAAUUGAUACUUCAGGUUGCAUCUGUGUCAGACCUGAAUGAUGAUGUUGACUCACACGGCCCGGAAGACGGUUUGUCAGUGGUGUCUGAUGCAGACCUGGAGUGUCUAUCCGAAGACGACAACAGCACCCCACAUGCGUCGCCUCUUUCAGAUUGCCAGGAUGUACGCGACGCCAGAGAAAUCUGCUACUCUGCCAGGUCAACACUGCUGAGCGUUGUCAGCGGUGUGGGAGAGUUGAGCCUCGACAGGAAGAGCCAGAAGACGGAGAGUGAGGUGUCCAGCUUCAAGCUGGCUGACAGGCCCUACCCCGACUCCCCCUACCUGCUGCUGGACGUACGAGACUGCGAACAGUACGACUGCUGUCACAUCGUCAGUGCACACAGUUUCCCCAUCACCAAGCUGUCUCGAACGAUGAACCCCUAUACCAAAGAAGUGCUGGAAUAUAAAAAUGCAGCAGGGAAGAUCAUCAUCGUGUAUGACGAGGAUGAGAGAAUAGCCAGCCAGGCAGCCACCAUCAUGUGCGAACGAGGAGUUGAGAAUCUGUUCAUGCUGUCUGGAGGGCUUAAGGUUAUCUCUCAGAAAUUUCCAGAAGGCAUGACGACAGGCUCCCUCCCGACCUCAUGCCUGUCCUGUCCCGCUUCAUCGAAGGGGAAGAAGAGCUCUGUGCAACAUCAGCAGGAGCCGCAGGCGGCAGAGAAAAGGUGGCGGUUUACAUCGGACGAGCUGGUCAAGAUCCAGGAGCAGCUGGACGAGAUGCUCAUCCCAAGUAACCCCAACAGCCGCAUGUCCAGCCGCAUGUCGACCCUCAGCUCCCAGUCCAAUGCCUCUAGUGCCGGAAGUCGACUGAGUUCCUCCACCGUUGGGAGGAACAGCGGCAGGGUUCAAAGCAGCCGACCCUGGAAGUAACCCCACCUACCACACAAAUGCCCACAAACAAACAAACAUACCUCCAACACAAAGUCCUAUUAUUUCAGGUUACAAAGCCCCCUCAGUGCAUCGCAUUAAGUAAACACACCCCUGAUCCCACCAUUUUCCACAAUACUGCUGUACAGUCAGAGGUGGACAGGAGACACAUUUCUUUCUCCUGUGUUUCUGGCGUCUUCCACCAUCCUUUACUCCAGAAUUUCUUUUAACACGGAUGUGUGAAUUAUGGAUCUCUAAUUCAAACCAAAUCAGCGGUGCGAAAUUUACAAAUAAGAACCAUACUCUUCAUCUUCACUUGUGGAUAUUUGUCAGACUAUAGUAUUUUUUUUUUCUUAAAGUAUUUAAUAAAUUGUGUAUAUUUGACAGUUUGUACAGUGCCUCAUCUGUGAAGCUCAAAACCGAUGGAUCCAAUUGCACUUGGAUUAACAGUCCAUGUAACACUAUUCUUUCCAUUUUCACUAGGAUAAGAAUCUGAAGAAAUAAUCACUAAUUUCUGUUAAUGAUUCAUUUAAAUUAAGAUUAUUUUUCUAUGACAUUACAUUAAUUUAGCAGAUUUUGAAUGAAUUUUUAACUCCAUAAUUUCCAGAGAGGUCACGUUUAGCUCCAUCAGUAUGACGGCCUCCAAAUAAAUGGCAUUCCUGAAAGAUAGUUUUAUUUCUGCAGACGUUGACAUGGCAUGAAGGAUUCGCUGGGGAUGUCUUUAAUGCACAAGGAGGAAUUUAUAUACAAAUAAUGUUACAGGGCUUGAUCCAUGUUGGAAAAGUUGUGUUGUAAUUUUGCAUAAUGACUCAUGAUGUUGUCUUAUUUUAAUUCCGUAGCUGACAGUGCACCAACAGCCUUUAUGUGAAACUUGUGUCCACUCACACACUAAUGUUACUGUGACUUUUUGUUGUGUGUGAGUGUGUGUGUGUGCGUGUUUGUUUGAGAAUCAAAGUGCUGUACAUGGGGAUCACACUAAAUGAUUGAGUGAAGCCUUCACACAGGUAGACGUGUGCAUUAGAAAAUCACAGCGUCACUAAAAAUAGAAAAUGACGAGCAGCGCUUUGUUUCCUACCGGUACAUUUGAAAAACAGUAUUGCUAAUUUGUGGCCUUUUGUUUUGUUGGUGUGGCAGUGACUUGUUCCGUUGUGCCGGGCUCCCCCGAAACCGUCGCACAGGCUCCUGUGAAGUGCAUUUAUUGACAAUUUGAACUUCUCCAUUGUGGUGAUAACUUUGUGUUUUUAAUCAUCAGUCUUAAAUGGCUUUUAUCCAGCUGAUCACACCACAUGAUUUUGUUGCUAAAUUAAUGUGUAAGAUUGUUUCCUGUGUAGGAGUUGUAAAAUGAUGAAUAUUAAAAUAAAUACCACCUA